AUAGAAACCCGUGAGCAGUAUAGGUGGCGUAACCAGCGAGAGGAAUCCAGAUACAGAUUCACCACGUUCAAAAUAUCCCGCGGAAGAGGCGGAGAAGAUGCAAACUUGUUAAAGAGGGAGGGCAUUGGAAGAGCAAUUGUGAGCGUAGCGAGAGAUGGAUAUUGAACAGGCCGCGAGUAACGAGGAUGCAGGUCGUGCCAGCAAUGCAGAUGACUGUGAAAGCUGGAGCUGCACCCCUCUGAAUGCGGAGCGCCUCGGCUCAUUGAUGGUGGGAGAAGAGGAAGGCCUCCGCUGCAGAUUUUACAUUAACUCCACAUAUUAUGUUGAUCUGGCAGGGCAGCGUGUGGACAAUGGCCCUUCUUUUCAGUGCCUUUGUAAACCCCAGAAUCUUGAAAAAGAAGAAAGAGUCACUAUUGUCCUGCCUACAGGUGAAGAGUUUAUAUGUAAGGCUGAAGUUAUUUCUGAUAUCUGCAAGCAUGAAAAGGAAGAGAAAGGUCUUUUCCAGCGGCUCUCAUUCCUUGAUCGCUUCCUUUAUGUGUGGAUACUGAUAGACAUGGUGCUGGCAGUAAUUAUUGGCUACUAUGUUAAGGGAAUAAAGAAAUCUUUUCAAGUGGCAGAAAUUACUUCAGUGUCUCUACCUAUAUGCAUUGGUCUAUGGGUAAUGAUGUACCCUGUUUUAUGCAAGGUUCGGUACGAACUUAUUGGGAACAUGUUGAAAAGCAGGGAAAUGGGCAGAAACUUAUUGUUAAGUGUGGUCAUGAAUUGGUUUAUUGGUCCAGCCCUCAUGACUGGUUUAGCUUGGGCAACAAUGCCUGACCUCCCAGGAUAUCGUGCUGGUGUCAUUUUAGUAGGCAUUGCAAGAUGCAUUGCAAUGGUUCUCAUCUGGAAUGAACUAGCUCAAGGGGACAGUCAACUUUGUGCUGUUCUUGUGGCUGUGAAUUCUGUUCUACAAAUCAUCUUUUUCACUCCUGUCACCCUUUUCUAUCUGAAAGUAGUUUCCGAGGGGCAUACGUUACAUGUUAAUUGGUGGGAUGUUGCAAAAAGUGUACUUCUUUUCCUUGGAGUACCCCUUGUUGCAGGAGUUAUUACUAGAUUCUCUUUACGAAACAUCUUUGGGAAGCAGUGGUACCAAGUCAAAUUUAUUCCUUUCAUUGGACCAUGGGCACUUAUUGGGCUUCUAUAUACAAUAUUUGUGAUGUUUUCAAUUCAAGCACAUCAAAUAAUCAGCAACAUUGGUGAGGUUUUUCGUGUUGCAGUACCUCUUAUACUGUACUUCGGAAUAGUUUUCUUUUCCUCCUUUACUUUUUGCAGGUUUCUGAAAAUCCCAUAUCCCCAGUCUGUCACACAAUCUUUCACUGCAUCAAGUAACAACUUUGAACUAGCAAUAGCUGUUGCAGUUGGAAGCUUUGGUAUAGAUUCGGAGGAAGCCCUAGCUGCAACUAUUGGACCUUUAAUUGAGGUUCCAGUUUUACUUUUAUUGGUACAUGUCAUACUCGCUUUAAGAAGACGCUGGUUUGGAGAAGCUGCUACUAUGUCUUGAAGACAUUUAAAAUCAGGUUUUAUUGCCAGAGAUGCUUCUGGGACUUGUAUAUUUAUAGCACUAUAGGUCUUUUCUUUGUUAAACUUAUUCUUAUAUCAUAUCUAUUAUCUGUACUGUGCAUUUUGAGCCAUCACUGUAAACGUGACUGUCUUUAAUAAUUUAAACUUGUAAUAUUUACAGCA